ACUAUGCUUUAAUCGCAUGUGAAACUACACCUCAUUCGUGCGCAUACAACUGAUUCUCUUGUAGAUCUUUUUUUCUGUUAAAAAUUUACAUCAUUAGAGAAACUCAUUAAAAGUAAAUUGAUUUUCUUCAAUCGAACCAGUUGAACUUAACAUAAUUUUACUGAUCAACAUAGUGCAUUCAACAAUUUGUUUUACCUUUUUUCAUUUGAUUUAUUAUUCAGUGCAAUGAAACAAAACGUUUUAAUUGUUUUUGCUAUAUUUUUAUUCUCACCCGAAGUUUUCGGACAAUACAAGGUGCACGUCACAAUAUUCUACGAAUCACUAUGCCCCGAUAGUAUACGUUUUAUAAAAAAUCAAUUGGAACCAAACUAUCGUAAUUUUGAACCAUAUGUGGAUAUUGAAUUCGUUCCGUUCGGCAAAUCAAAGAGUUUAACUCAAGGUCAUGGCGUUGGAUUCACAUGUCAACAUGGUCCUGAUGAGUGUUCGGGUAACAAAAUUCACUCGUGCGGACUACGGUCAUCAACAACCCAAGCUCAGCAAGUUGAGUUCGUUACAUGCCAAAUGAGUUAUGGUUCCGACGGCAGUGAUGCGUGUUCGACACAGGCUGGAUUGCCAUACGAUGAUGUGGUCAGUUGUUAUUCAAGUGAUUUGGGAACAGAAUUGCAAUUGGAAGCCGAGAGAAAAACCAAACAAUUAGCUGCACCACGUGAACUAUUAGCAUUUGUCCCUACAAUCAUCUACAAUCACAAAUACGACCACGAGAAGCAAGAACGUUCGCUUUUUGAAUUCAGAAAUGUGUUGUGCCGAGAGAUAAAGUUAAUUUCAAAUGAUUUACCAUCAAUUUGUGCUCAUAUCCAGCUCUAGUUUGCAUGACAAGAAAAAACUGUAUCCAUUGUUUGAUACAAUUAAAAUAAAAAUAAAUCACUUCGAAGCGCUUCGAAGAAAAGUUUAUGAAUAUAACAAUAAAAAAAACUGUACUUUCAUAUA